AUGCAGACACAUUAUUUCCGUUCGCCGAAUAGCCAACCCCAAGCGGGUGUGCCGUACGAGUUGCCCCCGGUGCAGUCGGUAACUUCACCCUCGGGACCCUUCCAGCAGGGCCCUCCUCCCGGUCCUCUACUUUCCGCUCCGCCGAGCAGACCCGAGAGCGGACUGAGGAUGCCCCAUCUACUGCAGCCGUUGCCACAACACAUCCCCAACCCUCCCCCUCCGCCUCCUUCAUCCUACUCACGCUCCUACGAGUCCAGUGGCUCGCCUGCGGAAGGUAUCUCGAUGCUUCCCGAUGCGCCGCCACUCAAUGGACUUGGAUCCGGCUCAUCGGGACUGCUUCAGCCCGGCGCGGGGUCGCAGCAUCAGCAACCGUUACAGCAGAAAAGGGCCUAUCGCCAGCGACGAAAAGAUCCCAGUUGCGAUGCCUGUCGAGAGCGCAAAGUUAAGUGUGACGCAUCCGAGUCGUCCAGCUGCACCGAAUGCACAAACCGCAAAGUGCGCUGUCAAUUCACCAAGGAGACCAACCGGCGCAUGUCUUCCAUAAAACAGGUGCAGGAUCUCGAGAAGCAGCUCAUCACGACCAAACACCAGCUGCAGCAACUCCGAUCCGGCAUGCUGAGAUCCGAUAACCUGAUGGACCUGGACAUUGACGGAGCAGGACAGCCUCAGCUGAAGUUACCGGACCUUGGAUACCGACCCCAGCGCCGGCCUAAGGCCGUCGUCGCAAGUGAUCUGACCGAGGCACGUGUCAACCUGCGCAAGUACGGUAGAGGCAUCAUGCACGUGCCUACGCCAUAUCGCCAACAGGGCCCCAAAUCGUUGUUGACGACCGACGCCCCGCCACUCCCGUCGAAGGACAUCGCGGAUCGUCUCCUGGCGCAGUACUAUGCGUGCAUCCAUUCUGUACUGCCCGUCCUUCACUGGCCAACCUUCAUCGCCGAGUACGAGAAGGUCUACCAAGCGCGCUCCCUCUUGGGGAUGCCACGAGAGUGGGUCUCGGUGUUGUUUGCCAUCUUCGCUUGUGGUUCUUUGCAUAUGUUGGAGAAAACGAGGGAAAAUGAUGGAAAGGAAUUCAUCAAGAUUUCUUGCGGAGUUAUCGAUGUGUGGCAGGACAACUUCACCCUCGAUCAGGCGCGGGCAGCCUUACUGGUUAGCAAAUUCUUAUAUGAAGUGAACUCGAAAUCUGCCAGCUGGGUGUGGAUUGGUUCUGCCGUCCGGGUAGCGCAGGAGAUUGGCCUGCAUAUCGAAUCGGGGCCGUGGUCCACACUUGAAGCGGAAACGCGAAGGCGAGUUUGGUGGGGGAUGUACGCUUGGGAUAGGCUUCUGGCUCUAGAAAUGGGGAAACCUGUAUUGAUCAAUGAUCAAGACUGCGAUGUUGACCUUCCAUGUCCUGUUGACGAGCAGUAUAUUUCAGAUGAAGGGGUUGUGCCCGAAAGCCAGCAGACGACUCCCCUCCUCGCCACCAUCCAUGUCGUUCGAUCAAUCGGGCAACUGACUAGGACAUUACGAUCCUCGACUAUAAGCCCGGCCACGAUAGACAUAUUUGAGCGACAUUUCAACGCAUGUCUCGCCACCUUUCCCUCGCAGUAUCACCCGAAAUCCGACCAAUAUCUCGACCCUCGAGCACUUGACCCCAUUAUCUACCUCCAAAAUGCUCGCCUCAUUCUCCAUCGCCAUAACAUCAACCCACUCUGCGUGCCCGAAGUGCGUACCUCGGCCCUUGAUUACUGCGUUUCCACAUCCCAGGAUACCGCACGUCUACUUUCACGAUGCAUGCGCUAUCCCUCUAGCUCUCAUCAAGGAUUUGGUGCCGCGGGAAAUGAGGAUUGGCGGCCCUUGCUCGCUUCGUCCGCAGGGACUGCCAUGUGUACACACAUCUGGCGUUGUGCACUCAUCCUGCUUUUCCGGCAGGAGUUCGCCACCGCUUUGGUGUGUGUCCAGGCAGCUGCCGCAGUUGGAGACUCGCGCGCGCUGAACGCGGCCUGUGGGCGAUACAUUGUUUUCUUCUUGAAAUGUCUUCUGGAUCGACUACGCCACGGCGACGACCUCGACCGAGACGAGGAACUGAUGGCCUACGUCUCCGGAGACAUGCAAGGUUACAGCGAUGGCAGCUGGGUGUGGCACGGUAGCGAGACCGGCACCCAGUUAGCUGCAAUGUCUUCUACCCUCGGUAGCCCGGUCUCAUUCGGGCAGUCCGACCCGAGGGACAAUAUUUCCACCGACGGCGUCGAGAAUACUGAAGGCUGGGAUUGGGUUGAGCAAACCGUUCGGUACCUGCAUGAAAGACAACUCGAGCAGCAAAAGGAGUAUGAGAGAAGGGACGUGCAGUCGUUCCAUAAUCCGCCGGAGUCCGCGUAUCUCAGCCCCGAGGCUGCCAUCGGGAGGGAAGAAGCCUCGCCCCGACGUUCGAGCUCGUCUCAUCGCAUGACUAUUGCCAGCAUAAUAUGA